AUGUCAAGUGAAACUAAUGAACUAGACGAGUUCUAUUCGGCACUUCAGUCAGAUGAUGUAACAUCCACUUCAACAACUGCUGUUGAAGCAUCAUCAUCAACAUCAGAAGAUAAACAUGGAUCAAAGAGAAAGUUUGAUGGUGAAGAUAACAACAAUCACAACCAAAACAACACCAUCCUUCAUGUAAAUAGUAAAUUAAAAACUGGUGAUACUACAACAACAUCUCCUUCUUCAUCUACUUCAUCUUCCUCUUCUACUACUUCUACAACUACGAAUAAAAUGAUACCAAGUUCAUUACUUAAAAAGAAAAUUAUACAAAAGAAACCAGCAGCUACUCCUUCGACUACUUCUACAACUUCUACAACAGCAUCAGUCAUUUCAAGUAAGGCUGUUACAUACUCUGCAUCAACUAUAUCCAAACUUCAAGAAUCAAACGAAGUCAAAUUACCUUCAUACGUUUCACAAGUUAUGCGUGAAAAGCCAAUGGUUACAAUGGAAGAACCUAAAAAACUAAAAUACACAAUGGGUUUGGGAAAUGAUACUUGGGAAGAUGCAACACUCUCUGAAUGGAACUCUAACGAUUAUAGAUUGUUUGUUGGUCAGCUUGGAAACGAAGUGACUGACGAAAUGUUGGGACAGGCGUUUGCACGCUACCCUUCUUUUGAAAAGGCAAAGGUGAUCAGAGAAAAAAAGUCACAAAAGACAAAGGGGUUUGGAUUUGUAGCCUUUACCAGUGCUGCAGAUUAUAUCAAGGCCUAUAAAGAGAUGAAUGGAAAGUAUGUUGGCAAUCGUCCCCUCAUCCUUAAAAAAUCAAAUUGGAAAGAAAGAGCUGUAUCCACUAAACCCAUUGUCGAUACUCCUCCACCAACUACUCCAACUGGUGCACCAGCAACUCUUUAUCAACAACCAAAACCAUCAAUGAAUAAAAAUAGUUUAUAUCAAAAGUUUUAA